ACGGUAGUUUGGAUGCACACAUUGAAUGAAAGUCAGGCUGUAACCACCAAAAACUAAGAAUAUCAGUAGCAGUAAAGUUAUCCACAGUGUACAGACACCCAGUGAGGCUGAGUUAAGACUGAUAGAUUUACUCACUGGCAAAAAACGGGUUGAAGAUAUUUAAGGAAGGGGAAGGACCGGGCUGUGUGGGGCAAUGCAGCGGGUCACGGCGCAGCUCGUCGUCGGGCUGGUCGCAGCGGUGCUGUCGCUGCUGGCAGAGCAGUGCUCCGCGGACAGCGGGGGCCCCAGCCUCGCCGAGCGGGUCAUUUGGGCAGUAAACGCCGGGGGUGAAGCACAUGUAGACGUGCAUGGUAUUCACUUCAAGAAGGACCCGUUAGAAGGGAAGGUUGGCAAAGCAUCUGAUUAUGGGGUACGGCUGCCAAUACUGCGCUCCAGUCCCGAGGACCAGAUUCUGUACCAGACUGAGCGCUACAAUGAGGACACAUUUGGAUAUGAUGUUCCCAUACGAGAGGAGGGGGACUAUAUCCUAGUAAUGAAGUACGCUGAGGUGUACUUUGCACAAUCCCAGCAAAAGGUGUUUGAUGUCCGUCUGAACGGCCACACAGUGGUGAAGGACUUGGAUAUCUUUGAGCGAGUUGGUCACAGCACGGCUCAUGAUGAAAUAGUCCCUUUCUCCAUUAGACGUGGCAAACUGAGCGUGCGGGGAGAGGUGUCUACUUUCAACGGCAAGCUCACUGUGGAAUUUGUAAAGGGUUAUUAUGACAAUCCCAAGAUCUGCGCUCUCUAUGUAAUGAAGGGGACUUCAGAAGCAGAUGUGCCCAAACUUCAGCCCCACCCUGGCCUGGAAAAGCCAGAGGAAGAGGAGGAAGAAGAGGAGGAAAGUGAGGUAGGCGAAGACGGUGGGAAGAAAAAGGUCCCUGCAGGUUCAAAGCACAGGGUCCAGUCAGGCCCACGAACACCAAACCCAUACGCAGCUGACAACAGCAGCCUCAUGUUUCCCAUCCUGGUGGCGUUCGGGGUGUUCAUCCCCACACUCUUCUGCCUCUGUCGGCUGUGAGCCACGCCCAGCGAUCGAGGAGACGUCAGACUGACGUGAGUGACUAUGAAGAGAGAGAGGCAGGGAAGGGGGAGGGGGUAAUGGUGACGGCAGCACAGGUAAAAGCAUACACACAGAAGAGAGCUGGGAGAAUACCACGACGACGGAUGACAAAAAGAGACAAUAACUUUUCAGGAAGCAGCUAGGGGAAGAGGCAGAUGCUGCUGCUGUAUUCUGAUGUUGAUGGGGGAGAAGGGAGGUGUAGGAAGUGUUUGCUGCACGCUUCUUUGUGAAUGUGUUUCGCAUCCACCUCUGCUGCCCCUUUUGAACAAUGUUAGUCAUUUCCACUCAGAGACUGGGCAGGAUUUACAGUGCACAGUUUGAAACCAUGUCAGCAGCUGAGAGAUGCACAGGAGUGAUUAGUCUGGGCCUGUUUUAUAAAAUUAAAGCAUUGUUUGUAUCGGGUGUAGCAGAAGCGUACACUCUUUGACACUCCUGCUCAGCAUCUGGUCAGAUGUGAUACCCUGAAAUUGGAAAUGGUGCUGUGUAGAAAUAGGUCGAAAUAACAGAAAACUUGAGUCAGACAGUUAGUGGGGGUGCAGUUUCCUUUUGAAUGGCUCCCAUUUUUUUCAAUUUGUCACAUUUUUUGUUUUUUUUUUCACUCAGAUGUAGUUAGUCCUUUGACGUGCCAUCAUCCAUUUGCCAUAAGUCUUUUUAAAGAAGAAACUGGAGGUGUGGAAUUAUUCAGCUUUGCCUUCAUGAGUACAGUUUGCAUUUGAAAAGUUUUUGUUCGUCAAAAUACUGAUUCAGGGCCAUGAAAAUUGUCCUCAACAAUACUCAGAUUUUUUUUUUCCACUGAAGGAUAAAUCCAUUUAAAACUCACACUUUACAAGGUUAAAAUGUUGAACAUUCAGUGGCUGCUUUUAGUGACUGUUGCACACACGAAUGCAUUUAGUGAGAGGCAAAGUUCAUGCUGUGAAGUGCUUCAGCUCAAUCUUUACAUUGCUUGCUGUAUUUUCUCUGACCUCUGCCUUCAUUCAUUAAUUAUGCAUGCCUGCUUUUUAUUUCACCAAAGAAUGUCUUUAUUUUACUGCAUUAGGAAAGGAAGGCUUGGUGGUCUGAUUUUAAUUUGACACAUACUUUGCAUAAACAAGCUUCUGUGACGCCUCUGUGGCAUUUACUGGUAGUUGAAAUGAGAUAUAUUUGGACUUAUUCUGCCCUCAUGCAUCACAGUUAAAUUACUCUGGAAGGACAGAGGGUUAGCUACGCCACUGGGAAGAUAACAGGUAAUGAUCAGUGUUGGGUAGCAUUACUUUUGAAAGUAAUUAAUUACUUAACAAGAUUACUGCCAUGAAAGAAAGUUUUUCUGUUUACUGCAUUUUAUCCUAAUGUGUUAAGCCCAUUUAGGACUAAAGAUCUAUAAUGAGUUAAAACAUACAGCGAAAGACCAUUCUGCAAAAUUCUGAAAGCCUGUAGUAGGGCUGGGCGAUUAUGGCAAAAAUCAAAAUUAUGAUUAAUUGAACUUUUACCUCAAACACGAUUAAUGAAUGGUUAUUCCACCCCAAUCUCCAACUCUGUUUUGUAAAUAUUUUAAAACAAAUAACUAAAAGGAACAUACAAAGAAAAAAAAUGUAUGGUCAUUUAUUGAAGCAACUAAAAUUAAAACACACAUCAGCUGAAAUGAAACUGAUGUUCUUGUGUUUCAUACACAUGGACCAGAUGUGGCCAUUAAAUAGGCUGGGUGGAUCCAGCACCGUUUCGUUCAUAGAGCAGUUUCAGCAGCUGUUGUAUAAAAAGUAGGAAAUAAAUCUGCUGCUCACAUUGCACAGUUGGUUGAGUUCUCGUGGACUGGAUGGGAUGAUGUCACAUGACUAGAACUUCUUCUCUUGGGUUUCCAGCGGGCUCCAUACCUUGCAACACCUGGCAGCCUAUCACGUGACUACACAGCUAGUAAUUUAUAUUUAAGGUUGGAGGUGCAUAAGUAGAGAGCGAUAUUACAAGGGAAAAAAUUAAAAUAAUUGACAUGUCAGGUUUUCGUCAGUUAGAGGUUCUAAAUGUCAGUUUCGAUUAAUUGCCCAGCUCUAUUCUGUGGUUUACAGCACUGCAAGUGGAGGAGACAAUGCAUCGUUCCUAUUGCAAUGAAUCUCAUUGUCACUCAGUUUAAAGUGACUGAUUCCUGCUCAGCUCUAACUCCGUUGCCAUCACCACUGUAGCGUCAAUUUGUAAUUUCAGAGCACAUAAACACAAAAAUGCUUUGCUAGUUUAGUCUUGUUAUUAAGAUAUCUGCUGAAAAUAAUAUUUUUCCAUGGACAACUUUAGCUACUACAGUCUUCAGGUUGUCAUAUAUUAGCAAAUACAGUUAUGCUUACAUGCACAGCCACUGAAGGAGACAGGAGUGUUUGCAGGCUUAAGUUUCCAUGUAAAAAGAAAAAAAAAAAGAAAGCUGUAAGACUGAUUCUUUCCAAAAUUCACAGCUUGAUUUUUAUAACCUAUCAAAAUAAGUUUCCCAUUUCACAUUUAUCUGCUUGUGCUGUCCAAAAAACAGCUGUCGGCAUUUUCAAGAACUGAAUCACAGGAAACAUCUCUUCAAGCAAUCUCCUUGAGUUGCAGAUGUUUUUGCAUUACUAAAAAAAGAAACCCUUCUGCCACUUGUAACACAUCAGAGACACUGUCUAGACGACAGCCAGUACUUUUUGUCCAUCUACCAAUGAAUCUGUCGACUCUAUGGUUUACAGCUUAGUUUACAGCCCAUUAUCAGUGAUUCUGCAGCAUUACAGAAUAACGGACAUGAUAACCCUAACAGCUUUUUAAUACGCUCACUGUCUGACAGCUGAGCAGAGGCAUUCACUAUGAGCAACAGCUGUUUCAGUGAUUACAACAUGGGAUCUAAAGCUCAUGUUUCAUAACAAUGUUGCUCUUGUCUCUUUCGUCCAAAAAUUCGACAUAAUGGGGAUAUUUCUAUAAAUAUAGUCCUCUCUGACAUCUCCAUUGUUGUGUAUAGCCAGGCAUACAUUGUGCAAAUUUCAUCCAAUUCAGAUAUUUUGAUCAAGGAGAUGGCCAACUUUCAUUCAGAUGGUUUGUCAUGAUGUACAUGGGGACAUGACAGCCUGACCGGCUGCUCCUGAAUGGUCAUAAGAAUUUCUGGCAUGUUUGAUAUUUUGGUCAUACAUCUGCAUACACACAGUGAGAGCAGAGCCCUGAGCAGAAUCCUCAACUUUGAGGCAUUUUUCCUGUUUGUACACUGCCAGACAAUGUCCUAAACCACCAAGAAAACGGCAGGAAUGGCUUUCUAACCCCCCAAAAUAAUAAUCAAGGAAAUAGACUACCAGGAAAUAUGACUAUAUACAACUUCAACCUCUGUGUGAGACUUUUUCAAAGUAAACGCCACAGAUUUCUGUCGCACUACAGUGUGAGCACUCAUGCAGUGCACGACCAUCAGACCUUAUCAUGUGAGUACAGAAAUCGUGUGCAAUGGUUGUGCAUCAUAAGCAAUGCAGCUGCUAGAGUCUGCUUGAAAUCCCACAGUGUAUGCCGGGCUUUAGCUAUACAUAUCCCCUGACACAGCUGUAGGUUUACCUUUUGUAGGUACACAACUACACACAGACAAGUAAAGGAAAACCAGAAACAGUGCAGAUGGUUUAGGGGUUUCGGUUGUUGGGGGGGAAAUGGGAAAUACUUUUUUUUUUUUUUUUUUUCCAGAUUACUUCUAUAAAAAGUAAU